GCCUGGCCGGCGGGCGGGCAGGCGAGCGGGCGGGGCGGGCUCGGCCCGGCCGCAGGUGACCCGGAGGCCCUCGCCGCCCGCAACGCCCCGAGCGCUUUGUGAGCAGAUGCGGAGCCGGCUGGAGGGCGAGAGCCAGAUGCGGGGCGACAGCUGACUCGCUGCGAGGAGGCGGGAGGUGCGGAGCGCGCGGGUGGUCCCGGCGCCGCUGACUUCUUCUCGGCCGGUUCCCGGCCACCACCGCAAGAGUUUUUCCUGCCGUCUUCAAAUCCAUGGGCUAUACACUCUUUGGGGGCAGAAAUUCUCAGUAUCUAGCUCUCGUGCCUCUGGGGUCAGCUGCAUGCUCAGAUGGGCUUUCUGCACAUAGUGGCAAAGAUGGUCAUCAGACAUUCCACGUUAACAUCAUCUUUAGUGCUCGUGAUCUCUGAAGGAGAAAGGUGUUUAUGAAGAAUAAAUCAGAGGAUUUAACAGAAUGCCUGGCACAUGAUACACCUCUCACAAUGAAGGCCCCCACUGUGCUUGCACCUGGCAUCCUUGUCUUCCUGUUUACCUUGGUGCAGAGAAGCAAUGGGGAGUGUAAAGAGGCGCUAAUGAAGUCCGAGAUGAACGUGAACAUGAAAUACCUUCUUCCCAACUUCACUGCAGAAACACCCAUCCAGAAUGUCGUUCUCCAUGAGCAUCACAUUUACCUCGGGGCAAUUAACUACAUUUAUGUUUUAAAUGACAAAGACCUUCAGAAGGUUGCUGAGUACAAGACUGGGCCUGUACUGGAACACCCAGAUUGUUUCCCAUGUCAGGACUGCAGCAGCAAAGCCAAUUUAUCAGGUGGCGUUUGGAAAGAUAACAUCAACAUGGCUCUGCUUGUUGACACAUACUAUGAUGACCAACUCAUUAGCUGUGGCAGUGUCAACAGAGGGACCUGCCAGCGACAUGUCCUUCCACCCGAUAACACUGCUGACAUCCAGUCGGAGGUUCACUGCAUGUUCUCCCCACAGGCGGAUGAAGAGUCCAGCCAGUGUCCUGACUGUGUGGUGAGUGCCCUGGGAUCCAAAGUCCUCCUGUCUGAAAAGGACAGGUUCAUCAACUUCUUUGUGGGCAAUACCAUAAAUUCGUCUUACCUUCCAGGUCACUCAUUGCAUUCGAUAUCAGUGAGAAGAUUAAAGGAAACACAAGAUGGUUUUAAGUUUUUGACAGACCAGUCCUAUAUUGAUGUUUUACCUGAAUUCCGAGAUUCUUACCCUAUUAAGUAUAUCCAUGCCUUUGAAAGCAACCAUUUUAUUUACUUUUUGACGGUCCAAAGGGAAACUCUAGAUGCUCAGACUUUUCAUACCAGAAUAAUCAGGUUCUGUUCCGUAGACUCUGGAUUGCAUUCAUACAUGGAAAUGCCUCUGGAAUGUAUUCUCACAGAAAAGAGAAGAAAGAGAUCCACACGGGAAGAAGUGUUUAAUAUCCUCCAGGCUGCAUAUGUCAGUAAGCCUGGGGCCCAUCUUGCUAAGCAAAUAGGAGCCAGCCUGAAUGAUGACAUUCUCUACGGGGUGUUCGCACAAAGCAAGCCAGAUUCUGCUGAACCAAUGAAUCGAUCUGCUGUCUGUGCAUUCCCUAUCAAAUAUGUCAAUGAAUUCUUCAACAAGAUCGUCAACAAAAACAAAGUGAGAUGUCUCCAGCAUUUUUAUGGACCCAAUCAUGAGCACUGUUUUAACAGGACUCUUCUGAGAAAUUCAUCAGGUUGUGAAGUGCACAGUGAUGAAUAUCGAACAGAGUUCACCACGGCUUUGCCACGCGUUGACUUAUUCAUGGGACAGUUCAACCAAGUCCUCUUAACAUCUAUAUCCAUCUUCAUUAAAGGAGACCUGACCAUUGCUAAUCUUGGGACAUCUGAGGGUCGCUUCAUGCAGGUUGUGGUUUCUCGACCAGGAUCAUCAACCCCUCAUGUGAAUUUUCGCCUGGAUUCCCACCCUGUGUCUCCAGAAAUGACUGUGGAGCACCCGUUAAACGAAAAUGGCUACACACUGGUUGUCACUGGGAAGAAGAUCACCAAGAUCCCAUUGAAUGGCUUGGGCUGUGGACAUUUCCAGUCCUGCAGUCAGUGUCUCUCCGCACCCCCCUUUGUGCAGUGUGGCUGGUGCCACGAUAAAUGUGUGCGAUCAGAAGAAUGCCCCAGCCGGACAUGGACUCAAGAGAUCUGUCUGCCUGCAAUCUACAAGGUUUUCCCAACUAGUGCACCCCUUGAAGGAGGGACAACACUGACCAUAUGUGGUUGGGACUUCGGAUUCAGGAAGAAUAAUAAACUUGAUCUAAGGAAAACCAGAGUUCUCCUUGGAAAUGAGAGCUGCACCUUGACCUUAAGUGAAAGCACGACAAAUACGUUGAAAUGCACAGUUGGUCCUGCAAUGAAUAAGCAAUUCAAUAUGUCCAUAAUUAUUUCAAACGGUCGAGGAACAACACAAUAUAGUAUGUUUUCUUAUGUGGAUCCUGUACUAACAAGUAUUUCUCCAAGUUACGGUCCUAAAGCUGGUGGAACUUUGCUUACUCUAACUGGGAAAUUCCUAAACAGUGGAAAUUCUAGACACAUUUCAAUUGGUGGAAAAACGUGUACUUUAAAAAGUGUGUCAAAUAGUAUUCUUGAAUGUUAUACCCCAGCCCAAACCAUUUCAACUGAGUUUCCUGUUAAAUUGAAAAUUGACUUAGCCAACCGAGAGACAAGCAGCUUCACUUACCGGGAAGACCCCAUUGUCUAUGAAAUUCAUCCCACCAAAUCUUUUAUUAGUGGUGGGAGCACAAUAACAGGUGUUGGAAAAAACCUGAAUUCUGUUAGUGUCCCAAGGAUGGUAAUAAAUGUCCAUGAAGCAGAAAGGAACUUUACAGUGGCAUGUCACCAUCGCUCUAAUUCAGAGAUAAUCUGCUGUACAACUCCUUCACUGCAACAGCUGAAUCUGCAACUGCCCCUGAAAACCAAAGCCUUUUUCAUGUUAGAUGGGAUCCUUUCCAAAUACUUUGAUCUCAUUUAUGUACAUAAUCCUGUGUUUAAGCUUUUUGAAAAGCCAGUGAUGAUCUCAAUGGGCAAUGAAAAUGUACUGGAAAUUAAGGGAAAUGAUAUUGACCCUGAAGCUGUUAAAGGUGAAGUGUUAAAAGUUGGAAAUAAGAGCUGUGAGAAUAUACACCCACGUUCUGAAGCUGUUUUAUGUACGGUCCCCAAUGACCUGCUGAAAUUGAACAGCGAGCUAAAUAUAGAGUGGAAGCAAGCAGUUUCUUCAACCAUCCUUGGAAAAGUAAUAGUUCAACCAGAUCAGAAUUUCACAGGAUUGAUUGUUGGUGUUGUCUCAAUAUCAAUAAUACUCUUAUUACUACUCGGGCUUUUCCUGUGGCUGAAAAAGAGAAAGCAAAUUAAAGAUCUGGGCAGUGAAUUAGUUCGCUAUGAUGCAAGAGUACACACUCCUCAUUUGGAUAGGCUUGUAAGUGCCCGAAGUGUAAGCCCAACUACAGAAAUGGUUUCAAAUGAAUCUGUAGACUACCGAGCUACUUUUCCAGAAGACCAGUUUCCUAACUCAUCUCAGAAUGGAUCAUGCAGACAAGUGCAGUAUCCUCUGACAGACCUGUCCCCCAUCCUAACCAGUGGGGACUCUGAUAUCUCCAGUCCAUUACUGCAAAAUACUGUCCACAUUGACCUCAGUGCUCUAAAUCCAGAGCUGGUCCAAGCAGUCCAGCAUGUAGUGAUUGGGCCAAGUAGCCUGAUUGUGCAUUUCAAUGAAGUCAUAGGAAGAGGACAUUUUGGUUGUGUAUAUCAUGGGACUUUGUUGGACAACGAUGGCAAGAAGAUUCACUGUGCUGUGAAAUCCUUGAAUAGAAUCACUGACAUAGGAGAAGUUUCCCAGUUUCUGACCGAGGGAAUCAUCAUGAAAGAUUUUAGUCAUCCCAAUGUUCUCUCCCUCUUGGGCAUCUGCCUUCGAAGUGAAGGGUCUCCACUGGUGGUCUUACCAUACAUGAAACAUGGAGAUCUUCGAAAUUUCAUUCGAAAUGAGACUCAUAACCCAACUGUGAAAGAUCUCAUUGGCUUUGGCCUUCAAGUAGCCAAAGGCAUGAAGUAUCUUGCAAGCAAAAAGUUUGUCCACAGAGACUUGGCUGCAAGAAACUGUAUGCUGGAUGAAAAAUUCACUGUCAAGGUUGCGGAUUUUGGUCUUGCCAGAGAUAUGUAUGAUAAAGAAUACUAUAGUGUACACAACAAAACAGGUGCAAAACUGCCAGUGAAGUGGAUGGCUUUGGAAAGUCUGCAGACUCAGAAGUUUACCACCAAGUCAGAUGUGUGGUCCUUCGGCGUGCUCCUCUGGGAGCUGAUGACGAGAGGAGCCCCACCUUAUCCUGAUGUGAACACCUUUGAUAUAACUGUUUAUUUGUUGCAAGGCAGAAGGCUCUUACAACCCGAAUACUGCCCAGACCCCUUGUAUGAAGUGAUGCUCAAAUGCUGGCACCCUAAAGCCGAAAUGCGCCCUUCCUUUUCUGAACUGGUCUCCAGGAUAUCUGCGAUCUUCUCUACUUUCAUCGGGGAGCACUAUGUCCAUGUGAACGCUACUUAUGUGAAUGUAAAAUGCAUCGCUCCCUAUCCUUCUCUGUUGUCAUCACAAGAUAACGUUGACGGCGAGGUGGACACAUGAUGGAUGGAUACCCCACCAGCCGUCUUCUGAGAAACGUAAUAGUACUAGUCGAAACAACAGUCCACACUUUGUCCAGUAGUUUUAUCACUGCCUGGCCUUUGAAAUGCCAUCCAAUAUUUUUUGUUUUGGCCAAAAUGGCACUAAGACUUUGUAUUGUUAUUUAAAUUGCUGGAUUCUAAGGAAUUUUUCAUCUGACAAAGCUUCAGAACCAGAAGCUGGGUCCCACAGGCCAGUGACCAAGAGCAACCCUGCAGCUAUGACAAUACUCCUGUCGCACUAGAAUCCAAAACCUGAAUUCUGGGUGGAAAUUUUAAAAACCCAGGGUCCCCCUUGAUUUCACAUGGGGAACUGAGGCAAUGAAUUUUGAGGGCUUCAUGAUCACAGAAAAUUCAGAAGAGAUGGUGAUGUCCAGGACAGAUGUGACAGCCCCAGCACCAGGCCACUCAUUUAGAAUUACAGUGUCUCAAAGAACUUCUGCGUGGUGUAUGGUCACUCAUAUUUUUCAUUACGGAUGUUGUCAUUCACCCAUUAGGCAAACAUUCCCUUUUAAAAUUUUGUAUACACAUUCCUUUUGUUGGAGGAAUAUCCCUAGGCAAUGCAGUCAUUUUCAAAGUAGCAUGACACAAAAUGUGCUUAUAAAUUAACGGGGAUAUUUACUAAUUGUACAUAGACUACAUUAAGAAGAUUUUCAUAAAAUAGCUUAGUCACAAUGAAAUAUUUAGACGUCACUUAAAAACCAACUGUUUGAGAAUGAUACUGUUCUGAUCUAAUGAAUAUGAACAUUUAGAUGUUUUGUCUAUGUUUUUUUAAUUGUGACUCUGAAAAUAAAACAAGUAAUUUGUGAUGAUAAAUAUUUUUAAAGGUAACAACAUGUUUUUAAAGCUGAAUACAUCUUCCUAAAAGGCUCAUUGGGUCCAAUCACUGCUCAUAUGUAGAGCAAAGAAAGGGUCAAUGGACUGGAAAUAUUAGCCUCUUUCUCAGGUGACAGCUUCUCACCUCACAAACAAUUGAAGACAAAACUUUUGGGGAGUCCCAUUUUGCAUUAGGACAUAUUUUGUGUUUAGCAAAACAUAUUUUAGAAACAAAACAAAAAAGGCAAUUGAAAAUUCUGUCUAUUUCACCUGGAUGAAUAGUUACUCUGGACAGGAGUUCUGUGAUGUUAUGUUCUGUGGAAUUUUGUGCUUACUACUGUAUAGUGCAUGUGGCAUAGGUUACUCUAACUGGUUUUGUCGAUGUAAACAUUUAAAGUAUAUUUUUAUAAAAAUGUUUAUUUUUAAUGAUAUAAGAAAAAUUUUGUUAGGCCACAAAAAUACUGCACUGUGAACAUUUCAGAAAAGGUAUGUCAGACUCAGAUUGAUAACGGCAUGAUUUUAAAUGGCUGUAAAUAGUGAUAAGGAAAUGUACUGAUUACCAGUACACCCCACCCUCAUUACAUCACCAGGACUUGAAGCCAGGGGUUAACACAGCCAGCUACAAAGAGGGUGUGUUACACUGAAACCCAAUAGUUGAAUUUGGCUGUUGUUGCAGGAAAAUGAUUAUAACCAAAAGCUCUUUGACAAUGGUGAGACUUACCAGAAGACACAAGGAAUUGUACUGCAGAUAUAUUUCAAUUCAAACAUUACUAUUUCAUAAACAUAGAGUAAUGCUAAUUCACAGAGUAUUGCAAAAAUGGUGGAUGACAAAAAAAAUCUGCUCUGCGAAAAUAAAUAUCUCUAUCAAGGUCAAGAAAAUGAAUGCAUCAAGAACAGAAAGAACUUGUGGGAAUGACCCAUCAGCAGGACCGCACACCUGUAUAUACAUGCUUGAGAAAGCUGCAAUGUGAAAAUCUUGUUUGCUAUUUAUAAAUUUGUCCUUAGAUUAAUGCAUUUGGACAGACUGUGGGAGUAAGUGACUCUUCCAAGAAUUUGAUACUUGUCACUGCCUAUACCUGCAGUUGAGCUGAAUGGUACUUUGUAUGUUAAUAGUUGUUGUUCUGAUAAACCAUACAAUUAAAAUAAAGUGAUGUAACAUCUUGUA